CCACAUCACAUCCUGUGGUCAGUCUGCAGUGUGAGCAUGGUUUAAUUUUCCUUACUUUUGUCUUAACAUCAGCCGAAUGGAGUGUUCAUUUUGGUCAUUCAGUUUUUUUUUCAUUCAGUAUUAUUGUUUUUAUUGAACUAAUAUUAAUUUAUUAAUAGCCUUCUCUGACCAUCUUUUCUACAUUCAACAUGGCACAGAGACAGAAGAAAGAUGGAACAUUUUCAAAUGCAGCAAAACUAUCCACAGACUCCAUUACAAGGUUUAGAUUCAUUGUGUUUGGAAGUGAUGAGGUUCUGAUUAAUGAAGCUUGUGAUAUUAUUCUUAGAUCAGCAGAUAGAAUGGAUGGCACUAAAUAUGGGACAUGUGAGUUUAGAGAGGCGUGUGUUAGCGGACAACAUGUCUCUGUAGUAAAAACUCCUGCUUAUGAGCUAGAACACUUGAAAACUUACCUGGCCUUCAGAAACAGAGUCAGAUCUAUGAAGAGAGACAUGGAGUUUUGUUACUCACUGGUCUUUCCUGGGCCUCAUGCUUUUCUUUUAGUGCUUGGAGAUGUGCGUAACUCUGGUAAAGAGCAUUACAUUUUACGAGCUCUCAGUGAAGUGUUUGGCCAGGAGGCAUUAGACUACAGUAUGGUCUUAUUUAUGCAUGAAUACAGGUACAGUGAUAUAGACAGCAACCGAUGUGUGAGAAAGUGCAGGAAAAGGUUCCACAUUUUAAAGAACAAUGAGGAAAAUGUUCUAAAGCUAUUCCAUGACGCUACUAAGACAAUGAUAAAACAGAGAAAGGGGAGGUUUUUUACAAAGGAUUUUGACUUGCUAGUCAAAGCUGAAGCUUACUUUAAGAUAGAAUUUGAUGCUAAAUAUGAGGAGCGGGAGAGUAUACUGAGAGGAAAUCUGGCAGAAAUGAAAACAACUGAGGAACGUCUGAGAACACAAGUUACAGAAAUGGAAAAACAGAAUUCUGAAAACAUGAGAGAACUACAAGAUCUGCAUAAAGAACUGGAUGCUCAGAAAGCCGGAGCGAAUCAGUUAAAAAAGGAAUUAGAUUAUUCCCAAAGCAGAGAGAAAUAUUUAAGUCAACAGAUGGAUGCUCUCAGAAAGACAAAAAAUGAACUGAAGGAGGAGCUGUAUGCCCUCAGGUAUUAUAAGAGGAAGUUAGAUGUAGAACUGACUGCUUUCAACGUGAGAGAGAGAGAGAGAGAGAUGAUCCUGCCCACAAAAAUACAGUUAGAGCCUAACAGAUUACAAGAGCAAAAAGAAGAAGGCCUACAGGCUCCUGCGCAAGAAGAGCAUGACAGACAAAAUACUUCAGAUAGAAGAGAAGUGGAGCUGGAUGAGAGAGAGAGAAAACUGCUGCAGGCCUCUGGAUCACAACAUGUUGAACACAUCUCUACAGAUGUUACUCCCUCUUGUGUCAUAGUAUCUGAAGACAAACCCAAAUCUGAAGAAGACACUGGAUCACUUGAGUCUGAAGGACUGAAACUUAUGAGACAAGACAGCAAGAAAUUAGAUCCAGAUUUUAUGUGCGAAAACAAAGUCAAACCUCAGAGUGAAAGAGAAUGUGAGAUGGAAAGUAGAAUAACAGAUUCACAAACCAGCAGAUUACUUCAAGUUGAAGGACUGAAACCUGUGAGACAGAACAGCCUUCAACAUCGACCCGACAUGUCUGAAGACACACUCAAACCUCAAGAAAACUCUGGAUACUUUGAGUGUGAAGGACUGGAACUUGUGAGACCAAAACAGCAAGGAAUUACUGUAGAUUCACUUAAUGUUUUCUUGAGUGAAAAGUGCCAAUCUCCCUCAGAACUGAGUUAACAUGUAAUGGGAAAAGCUUCAUGUACUCCCACAUGAUAGCAG